CGCAGCGGCACACGCGCGCUCCCGCUCACGCUCUUUGACAGUGUCGCGCGGGCUGUCGGGAUCAUGUCCGCCAUGUUUUCACACCAGCCGAGAAAAAAAAGCCCGUGAAAAAACACCAUAACUCGCUCAGAGAUGCCUUUAACCGCCGGAUUUCGAUCGGAGGUACGUCAGUGAGCGCGGCCGCGGAGAGAACCGUUGGCUCGUGUGUGUAUUUGUACCGAAUGAUCCGUGUUUAGUGUGUUUGUGAUCGCUAAAAACAAUGAGUAAACUCUCGUUCCGCGCGCGAGCGCUAGACGCCGCCAAACCGCUGCCGAUCUACCGCAAUAAAGACCUCCCGGACCUCACCGACUGCGUCUCCAUCAACCGAACGGUUCCACAAAUGCCAACUGGGAUGGAAAAGGAAGAGGAGUCGGAGCACCAUCUCCAGAGGGCCAUCUCUGCCCAGCAGGUGUUCAGGGAGAAGAAGGAGAGUAUGGUCAUCCCUGUGCCAGAGGCAGAGAGUAACAUCACGUAUUACGACCGCCUUUACAAAGGAGAGUUCCGCAUCCCCAAACAGCUCAUCCACAUCCAGCCUCUGGGUCUGGAUAACGAGCUGCCUGACUAUGAUAUGGACUCAGAGGAUGAGACUUUACUGAACAGACUCAAUCGCAAAAUGGAGCUCAAACCUGUGCAGUUCGAGACCAUGAUGGAUCGGUUAGAGAAAGCCAGCACCAACCAGUUGGUCACUCUUCAGGAGGCCAAGCUGCUGCUAAAUGAAGAUGACUACCUGUUGAAGUCAGUGUAUGACUACUGGGUGAGGAAGAGGAAGAACUGCCGGGGCCCAUCGCUCAUCCCUCAGAUCAAGCAGGAGAAGAGGGAUGGCUCCACCACCAACGAUGCUUACGUGGCCUUCAGGCGCCGCACAGAGAAGAUGCAGACUAGGAAGAAUCGCAAGAAUGACGAGGUGUCUUAUGAGAAGAUGCUGAAGCUGAGGAGAGAAUUCAGCCGAACCAUGAGCAUCCUGGAGAUGAUCAAGAAGAGAGAAAAGAGCAAACGAGAGCUGCUGCAUCUGACGCUAGAAGUGUUUGAGAAAAGAUAUCAAAUUGGAGACUUCUCAGGAGAGGUUCUGAAUGAAGUAACUGUACCUCUGGCAGAGAAAACCAUUUACCCUGCGCCCAUAUCCUUACCCAUGAGCAGCCGACACAAGGUAGAGAGCAAAAUUAAGUCCCACAAAUCUGGGCCCAAACACCUCCACCCCUUCACAGUCAAGCCUGAGCCUCACUUUGACUUUGUGCGUUCCCAUAAAAAGUACAAGAGGCCCAAUCUUGAUGCAUUUCGCCAGCCUGGUCGGCCAGAGCGACAGCAAACCAUCAACAAGGCAGACAUUAAACAAUAUGACUUCCACAGUUCUGGAGAGGAGGAUUACCCGCUGUCUCCUGCUUCAGAGCCGGAUGAAGAGAAUGAUCCUGAUGGAAUCUUUGCCUUCAGACGGAAAGCUGGCUGCAGUUACCAUGCUCCGCUGAUGGGUCAGAGCUGCUCUCCUCACUGGCAGCAGAUGGGUCAGGACCGGCUAUGGCAGCGCAACUGUCUCACCGCCCUGUCCGUGCCCAGACGCUGUAUUGCAGUGGCACGCGGGAGGGUGGGUAGAGGUGGCAGGGUUGUUUUGGAUCGCACCUCGUCAGAUCUGGACCGUGCCCUCAGGCAUCUGGACCCUGACAUGUUUUAUCCCUCUGCUGACUCUAUUGUGCCUGACCUCCCCGUCCACGCAAAUACAAACUCUCAGAACUACAAAUUAAGCCCUCAGCGCUCACUGACUCAGCUCCUGAGUGACAUCCAGGCCUGCAGGUGGAAGUUUUUUCGCCUUCGGCCGCUACAGGAGAACUCAAGGGGUGAGGACAAGAAAGGGACUCCGCAGGUGGAAAAAGGUGGAGCGACGCCUCUCUCUAACAGUGUGUCAGGUGGAUACACAGAAGAGCAAUUUCACUCCCAUCAGCAGCAGCUGGUUCAGAUGCACAAACAGUUACAGCAGCAAGAACUCCAGCAGAACUCGACAGCACCAGAACUGCACAUUGCUUUCACAACGAAACACAGCGUCACACACGGCGAGCUAGAGUACUUAUGUCAAAAUCUUUGUUUGGUGGUUAAUUUAAAGAAAGCUGAUCAUAUUUCAAUGAUUCUUCUGUCUCCUGCAGGAAGCUUUAGACAAGCAAAAAUGAACCGUUCUGCACCGAGUGGAGGUGGUGGUGAGUCAGGCUCUUUAGUACGUAUGACGAAUGCAUCUAGCCCACAGCUGCCCGUCCCUCAGUCUCUGCCUCACGGCCACGGGCACCUGAGCACUGUGAGCGCUGUAUCUCCUGCCCACACGCACCACAGUGCACGCCUGUGCGCCCCUUCACCCUCAGCCUUAAAGUUGGCCAGUGUUGCUAGCAGUCUGGACCGGGUAACCAAAGUCACCCCUACUAGUGCCAUCGACAUUGCCAGGGAAAAUCACGAACCAGAGAGACUGACUCUCAACGGAUUAUCAGAGACCACAGUCGCCAUGGAGGUCAUAUAGCCCAUCCAAAAACACAAAAGACUUCAGUGCUGAGAGCUGUGCGCUUCUACACAGACUUAUACCCAAUAACAGCAUAUCAAAAUAUUAAGAGAAAUUUGUCAAUAUUAUAAGUGUACAUUUUGUAAAAUUGGGAAUUAUCACUACCUUGUAAAAAUAGUAUAUUUGUAUCAUUAGUCUGUCAUUUCUGUUACUUGAAUCCUAGAUUGGUUUUUUGUUUUGUUUUUUUGGUCAUCAUGCUUUUGCACUUGAAAAUGCAAGCAAGACAAGUGCAUCAGUUCAUGUCGGGAUCAUGAGCAUGAAUAUUGGUCCUGCGUCACUUGUUUUAACUAUUUAUUUUGCAAUGUUUACAUUUUUGUAUCUCAUACAAAUAAAUCCAAAUCUGUGACCACAAAAUGCAGACACAGCUAGUAUACCAUGCUUUGUGCUUUUUUCUUUUCAGGAAGGAGAAAGCUGAAUUUGGUUUCACAGAUGUGUACUUUCAGAAGGAGUGAUCUUCCCUUGAAAUGUCGACCAUUUUUAAAUGGUUUAUUUUCUUGCCUUCCUCUCUUUGUCUUACCAAUGUUAAUUCUGGAGACCAAUGGCCUCCAUCAGAAUGUGCUUAUGUGAAGCUCCUUGAGAAAUCAAGCAGAAGACCUUCAAUUUGGCAUUUACUUUCUGCUCUUCUGAUGGAGUCAGCCGAACCCUCAUUUGUAUUUAGCCAUUGCUGGUUAAUCAGUGUGGAAGGAGCUGUUCAGGGCUCUGACUGGUGUUGUAUUGAAAGUAAACUACAGGUCACAAAUACUGUCAGCCAUCUUGUUUAUGAAUGCUGAAAUUUAUACAUCCUCAGUCCAGUGUCUUCAAAUAAAUUUCCCCUUUUCAAAUGGCCUUUUUAAUGAAAUGAGUGA